AUGGCUACAAUAACGUCUGGUGCUGGAAGCUCUGGGCGAGAGGACUCUCGGUCCUCCUCCUCCACAAACUCGCCCGCCCCGGCCGACAACGAAGAGUCCGACUUCUUCCUCGGCGCCAACGACUCCCAGUCCUCGCUCGGCGUCCCCAACUUCCAAGACAUGCAAGUCGACGACUCGUGCUGGCCGCCCGUCAACCGGCUGCCCAACGAAAUCCUCAUCGGCGUCUUCUCCAAGCUGAGCUCCACCUCGGACCUGUACCACUGCAUGCUCGUGUCCAAGCGAUGGGCUAGAAACGCUGUUGACUUGCUGUGGCAUCGGCCCGCCUGCUCCAACUGGAAGAACCACCACAGCAUCUGUCAGACGCUCGGCCUGGAGCAUCCCUACUUCCACUAUCGCGACUUCAUCAAGCGCCUCAACCUCGCCGCCCUGGCCGACAAGGUCAACGACGGCAGCGUCAUGCCCCUCGCCGUCUGCACCAGGGUCGAGCGCCUGACCUUGACCAACUGUCGAGGUCUGACCGACACCGGCCUCAUUGCCCUCGUCGAGAACAGCUCGUCGCUGCUGGCCCUGGACAUUUCCAACGACAAGCACAUUACCGAGCGCUCCAUUAACGCCAUUGCGACCCACUGCAAGCGUCUGCAGGGCCUCAACAUCUCGGGCUGCGAGAACAUUUCCAACGAGAGCAUGCUUACCCUGGCCCAGAGCUGCAGAUAUAUCAAGAGAGUGAGUGCUUAUUGUCCCCUUCUUCUUUUACGUAUAUUCGGAACUAGGCACGGCUUCACAUCUUCAUCCCCCGCCGACUCUCUCCAUCCAAUCUACUCUCUUUUGACACACUGGCUGACCUUGACUCCUCUCUUCAAGCUUAAAUUGAACGAAUGCGUUCAGCUGCGUGACAACGCCGUGCUUGCCUUUGCCGAGCACUGCCCAAACAUCCUGGAAAUCGAUCUCCACCAGUGCGUCCAGAUCGGAAACGGCCCCAUCACAUCUCUCCUGUCCAAGGGAAACAGUCUCCGCGAGCUCAGGUUGGCCAACUGCGAGCUGAUUGACGACGAAGCCUUCCUCUCCCUGCCGCCGACCCAGGUCUAUGAGCACCUGCGGAUCCUCGACUUGACAUCCUGCAGCCGCCUCAGCGACGCUGCCGUUGGCAAGAUUAUCGACGCUGCCCCUCGCCUGCGAAACCUGCUUCUCUCCAAGUGCCGCAACAUCACGGAUACCGCCAUCCACUCCAUUGCCAAGCUCGGCAAGAACCUCCACUAUGUUCACCUCGGCCACUGCAGUCAGAUUACCGACGAAGGAGUCAUUCGCCUGGUGCGAAGCUGCAACCGCAUCCGCUACAUUGAUCUGGGAUGCUGCACGCUCCUCACUGAUGCGUCCGUCAGAUGCCUCGCCGGGCUGCCCAAGCUCAAGCGCAUUGGCUUGGUCAAGUGCAGCAGCAUCACAGAUGAAUCCGUCUUUGCCCUUGCCGAGGCGGCCUAUCGCCCGCGCGUCAGGAGAGACGCCAACGGAAUGUUUUUGGGCGGCGAGUAUUUUGCCCCAAGCUUGGAGCGAGUCCAUCUCAGCUACUGCGUGAACCUGACUCUCAAGAGCAUCAUGAGACUGCUCAACUCUUGCCCCCGUCUUACCCACCUCAGCUUGACCGGAGUGGCCGCGUUUCAACGAGACGAAUUCCAGCCCUUUUGCAGAGCAGCGCCAGCUGAGUUUACGCAACAUCAGCGGGACGUCUUUUGUGUCUUUUCUGGAAACAUGGUGUCCAAGUUCCGCGAAUACCUGAACACUGCACCACAAUUCGAAGAUCUACGAGACAGCUUCUAUCAACGACAUGCCGGCCGUAUGAGGACAGUGCCGCGCCGACCCGGCGGAAUGCCCGCAAUCCAAACCACCGAAGGCGAGGGCUUUGACGAUGACAUGGCCUACGAAGAUAAUGACUUUGAGGGAUUGGACGCAAGUGAAAUGGUUGUAGACGUACAGGCCCAAAAUCUGCCCUUCCACUUGCCAGCCCAGCAGGCCCCUGGCGAUGCCAACCAGGUACCUCCCGUACCUCCUCCGAUCGAGCCGCCUACCAUCAACUCGUCGUCCACCUUUCUCACCAACAUGCUCACCCAGCAGUACGGGCCAGCCGCAGCAGCAGAGCUCUUUGACGAAGCCACGGGCACGAUCAGGACUAGAUCAUUCCCCAACUUUGUCGUUCCCUUGAACUCCGCCAACAUGGUGGUUCCUAAUGCUCAGAGUUUCCAUGCCAGUAUUGCGGGCCUAUCGCAGCCUUCCGUCUCUCGGCAGGGCAAUUCGGCAACGGCAGGGCCCUCUACAGGUGCCAGCACGGUGACUAUGCAUCAGCCACCGAGCACGACACCGGAUCAGCAGCCGCAGCAACAACAGCCGCCGCAGCAGCAGCAAGGCGACGCCAACUGA